CUUAGAAUCAGGUCGUAUGGGUUCUAUAUCACAAAAUUUAAAACAUAAUGAUUUGUUGCCGUAUUUCCCUCUAAAAAAUGUUUUACUCUCUAUAUUUUAAGCUUGAGAACUGAGAUUGACCUUUUUGGUGCUUUUGUGUCUCUAUGAUAAUGGACAGCACACAGUAAGCAUUUAACAAACACUUCUUGGUUAAUUCCUCUGUAGAUUCAUUUCUCACAAGCAAAAACCUUUGUAUUCUUAUGCCUGGCUCACGACAGAGCCCAUGGUAAGAAGAGAUUACUCAAACUCUGAAAUACAGCACCCAGUUGUAGUGAGCUUUUUGCUCAGCUAUUUAGGCCCGAAUGGCUGUGGAAUCCAGAGCGGUUUCAACUUUGGGACCUCAGAAUCCUCAGGAUCAAGAGCUAAUACUAGUGAAAGUAGAAGAAAGCCUUUCCUGGGGUCAGAAAUGUAAGCAGAGUGGGAGUACCAGAUCGUGCCAAGAAUUGUUCCGCCAGCAAUUCAGAAAGUUUUGCUACCAGGAGACACCUGGACCCCGGGAAGCUCUGGGCCGACUCCAGGAGCUUUGCUAUCAGUGGCUUAUGCCAGAGUUGCACACAAAGGAGCAGAUCCUGGAACUGCUGGUGCUGGAGCAGUUUCUGAGCAUCCUGCCUGAGGAGCUGCAGAUCUGGGUUCAGCAACAUAGUCCAAAAAGCGGCGAGGAAGCUGUGACCCUGUUGGAGGAUUUGGAGAGGGAAUUUGAUGAUCCAGGGCAGCAGCAGGGACCAGCAGUGCCUUGGAAGGAUUUGACAGGUCUUGGAACAUCGCAAGAAUUAACAAACAUCCAGCUCCAGCCUUUAAAGACACAGCUGAAACCCUGGGAACCUUGCCUUUCCCCCAAAAGUGAUUGUGAGAACAGCGAAUCAGCGACCAAGAAGGACAUUUCGGGAGAAAAAUCACAAGGAUGUCCCCAGGAACCUUCAUCUGGAGGAGUUAGUGAACAUGGCAGCAGUUUAGAGUGGCAACAAGAAAAUGCUACAGGGGAGAAAUUAAGAAGAUCCCCUUCCCAAGGGGUCAGUUUUAGUCAAGUAAUCUUCACACACAAAUCUGUAGGAAAGAGAGUCCGUCAUGAGCCUCAGAGCAGCUUAAUUCUAAGUACAAACUCUAUAACUUAUCAGAAAGUUCCUACAGAAGAGAGACCUUAUAGAUGUGAUGUAUGUGGGCACAGCUUCAAACAGCAUUCCUCUCUAACACAGCAUCAGAGAAUCCAUACUGGAGAAAAGCCCUAUAAGUGUAACCAGUGUGGGAAGGCUUUUAGUUUGAGGUCAUACCUUAUCAUUCAUCAGAGAAUUCACAGUGGUGAGAAAGCAUAUGAAUGUAGUGAAUGUGGGAAAGCCUUCAAUCAGAGCUCAGCCCUCAUUAGACAUCGCAAAAUUCAUACUGGGGAGAAAGCUUGUAAAUGUAAUGAAUGUGGCAAAGCAUUCAGUCAAAGUUCAUAUCUCAUUAUACAUCAAAGAAUUCACACCGGCGAGAAACCCUAUGAGUGUAAUGAGUGUGGGAAAACCUUUAGCCAAAGCUCAAAGCUUAUUAGACACCAGCGAAUUCAUACGGGAGAGAGACCUUAUGAAUGUAAUGAAUGUGGAAAAGCUUUCAGGCAGAGUUCAGAGCUGAUAACCCAUCAGAGAAUACAUAGUGGAGAGAAACCCUAUGAAUGUAAUGAGUGUGGAAAAGCUUUCAGUUUGAGCUCAAACCUCAUCAGACAUCAGAGAAUUCAUAGUGGAGAGGAACCUUACCAGUGUAAUGAAUGUGGCAAAACCUUCAAAAGGAGCUCAGCCCUUGUUCAGCAUCAGAGAAUCCAUUCUGGGGAUGAAGCUUACAUAUGUAAUGAAUGUGGGAAGGCUUUCAGGCACAGAUCAGUCCUCAUGCGCCAUCAGAGAGUCCACACUGUAAAAUAACUUGUGAAUACAAUGAAUGUUGUAAAUACUUUGGUCAGAUUUUUAUCUUUGUCAGUUGAAAGGGUUUACUUUGGAACAAGACUCCAGGCUGGUAAACUACCAGGUCUGGAGUCAUUCUGACUUAACUAAGCAGCCAUUCCCAAUACUACUGCAGAUUGUCCCUUGAAAGCUUUUCCUAGGACUAAUCAGAACAGCAGAUGGAAGAAUCACUACUUCCAGCUUUUCUCUUACCAUUAGGAAUACUCAGGAAAUAAGAAAAAUGGAAAUAUAACUUUGAAACCUCAUUUUCCAUGAGAACGUCUGAAGAGGGUUCAUUCAGCAACCCGGGUUGUCACUGCAUCUGAUUGUCCACAUACCAGGUUUGGGAUAUGGUGUGGACAGUAUGAGGGACAUUUUGUCUCAGGAAUACAAAAUUUUACUAGCCAAUUAUGAACAGUUAGUGACAGGGCAGCAAGACUGAUGGGGAAACAGUUCAUCAAUGAUGUGUUGAGCCCAGGGCAGUUCAGAACUGAGGUAGUGGAAAGAAAGAAUACAAAUUAAUUUAUCCGACAGCUAUUUUUGAGGGCCUAUGUUGUGCCAGGCACUAGCAAUACAAUGAGAAAUAAGACCAUCUCUACAGUUGGAUGGGCAAGGCAAACUGGCAUAUGGUAUGAUCAGGGCUCUGUGACAUUAAGGAGGACCUGACCCAACCUUGGAUCAAGGAAAGUUUGUGAAAAAAAUGAACUCAGGGGUGACCAGGAGUUGGCCAGGGAAGUAGGCAGGCAGGGGAACAAUAUUCCCAGUAGGGGGAACAAUAGACAAAGGUCAGGAAGAAUGUCUGGCACAUCUGAGAAAUUAAAAGGCCAUUUUGUGUGGAGUGUUCCUGUUGAGUUCCUUUUGAAGUGGAGUCAUGUCUGUAAGAGAAGCAUGGAUGUAGCCGAAUAGGAGCCAGCAGAGAAGCUUCUGUUAGACAAAGCCUGGAGUUCUUGGACCACAGAGUAGAGCAGAGCUUUGUCUUGGUCUGGUAUGAACCGGGGGAAAGGGUUAAUAGCUAGUUUCCUUGCCUAUAGGCUCAGCUAGACCUUGUGUGUGUUUGGGGGAGGUGGGGUGGUUAGAAAGAGCCCAGCUUAGCAGUUAAGCACCUGUUAGAGUUCUAAAUCUUCCCUUUCCUAAACAGGACUCCUUUGGUUCUUAAGCCUAUCAGAGCUGCUAUCUGCUUCCUGCUUGCUCGCAAGGCUCUGGGUCAGAAGCUGCUAUGGCUACCACAUUUGUUUCUGGGGCUGGACCCCCACAGUUCUAGCACACUCCCUUGGGCUCAGGUGCUAAAAAAUAUUUAUCAUUCACUGGGUCUGUGACUUAUUCUCCAGGCACCUCACAUGUGUUCAGUUUUGCCUUUUAUCAGCAGUAUUUCAGUCUUGUGAAUUUUAGUUAAAGACAAUGCUAAAGGGAAGGGGCAACAAAAAGUAACAGUCCUGCUCCAUCGAGAGACCACCCUCUUCUGAGGGACCCAGCCCAAAAAGUAUCCCUAGACUGGUGCUUCUCAGUGCAAUGCAGGAAGGGAUAUAGGUUAGUCAGCAACAGGAAAACCUGUUAUUCAAAAAUACCUAACAGGUCAAAGUUCUAAAAUCUUGCCAAAAAUAGAAAUCUAUGGGAAUCUAGAAUCCUGAGCUGAGGAAAAGAGUUUUCAUGAGGAAAAGUAGAUAAUGCUCUUUGUUGGGACACACACAGAUAAGCAGAUACUAACCAGUAAGAAGGGCAGGUGGGCUAAAUCCCGGUGCUUGGAGAGCUAACGUGAGAAAAGAAAGGGAUAGGAUAACAAAGUAACAUGAUAAGAGCUAUUCAUAUUUACCUCUUCUGUUUCCUCUCCCAAGAUAAAGACUCAAAAGGGUAGGACAGUUGUUAAAGAGGAAUUGAUACAACAUAUAUUACAAAAGGGAGAGAUUCUUUAUAGAAAGUUAUUAACAUAUAUGAAUAAGAAACAAUAGGUACUUUGCUGAGGGCUUUGUAUAUAUUUGUUGUUUCUCUGACAGCGCAUAUUUUGCUGAUGAGGAAAUGAAGGCUUAAGAUCAUGACAUAGUCAAUAUCAUGGCUAAGAAGUGAUGAGGUCAGACUUUGAACCCAGGCAAUAAGAAAACAAAACCCUUCGGUGGAGCCACUUCUCUAUAGCAUCUCCCCAUGAAAAAGUCCCAGUAGAAAAAAUUGUACUUAAGUCACAAAAGAACAAAUGCCAAUGGGUGACAGCCUUCUAGAAUUAAAAAUGUGAGAGUUCAGAUGGCACUUUUUUCCCCCUCAUAAAACAAAGAUUCAGGGAAAUUGGGACUCCAAUGCUGCUGGUGAGCUGUGAAUACGUAGGAUCUCUGGCAGUCAAUACCAGAAGCCUUAAGCAUUGCCUUUUGACUUUAAAAAUUCUACCUGGAAAUGUAUGCUUCAGAAAACAUCAUGAAUGUAUACGAAGUCUUAAACGCUGUUAAAAAAGUGAUGUUGGUUGAUGUCAAAGAAAUGACAGCAUAUCUUAAGUAAAAAUAGAACAUGUAUAAUAUGACUCCAUGUAAAAAUAUAUUUAUGCAUUAAAAAUCCUGGAAAUACAUAA